AUGCCGAACGAGCUCAAUGGCUUCCACAAUGAGGUCGACCGCCUCCAUAUCAACGGCAACACCAAUGGUUCCGUCAGGGAAACAAAAUCGAACCAGCGCAGGAAGAUGAAUCGCAAGCAGUCCAGCCCAAUGAUGCCCACUUUCAUGGUUUCGGCUCCCGGCAAGGUCAUUGUGUUUGGAGAACAUGCAGUGGUACACGGCAAGGCUGCCAUUGCUGCUGCAAUAUCCCUCCGAUCAUAUCUCCUGGUCACAACGCUCUCGAAAUCGAAACGGACUGUUACUCUGAGUUUCCCAGAUAUCGACCUUGCGCACACCUGGAACAUUGAUGAUCUGCCCUGGUCCACCUUCUCGGACCCGAAGAAGAAGAAGUACUACUACGACCUAGUUACGACCCUCGACCCAGACUUGCUCGAGGCAAUACAGCCUCACCUUAUCAAUGUUUCCGUAGAUAAGCCCCACGAGACGCGAAAGGUUCACCAAAACUCAGCCCUGUCGUUCCUGUACCUCUUCCUGUCCUUGGGGUCGAAGUCCUUCCCAGCCUUCCAAUACACAUUACGGUCAACAAUACCGAUUGGCGCUGGGUUAGGGAGCAGCGCAUCGAUUGCGGUGUGCUUAUCCGCUGCGAUGCUCCUGCAGCUCCGGGCCCUGUCAGGGCCCCAUCCCGACCAGCCACCCGAGGAGGCACGGCUUCAGGUGGAGAGGAUCAAUCGGUGGGCUUUCGCGCUCGAAAUGUGCAUCCACGGCAAUCCGUCAGGCGUCGAUAAUACUGUCUCCACGCAGGGGAAGGCUGUUGUGUUCCAAAGGGCGGAUUACACCAAGCCACCAUCCGUCCGGCCACUCUGGGAUUUCCCAGAGCUGCCGCUCCUCCUGGUCGACACGAGGCAGUCGAAAUCUACGGCGCACGAGGUGGCAAAAGUGGGGAAACUGAAGGAGACGCACCCAUUGCUCGUAGAGACGAUACUGGACGCCGUUGACAAGGUCACCAAAACGGCGAGUGAAUUGAUCGAGGAAGACAACUUCGAUAGCGAGGACUUGGAGUGCCUACGCCGGGUCGGCGAGCUCAUGACUAUAAAUCACGGCUUGUUGGUCUCGCUCGGCGUUUCGCAUCCUCGCCUGGAACGGAUCCGGGAGCUGGUGGACCACGAAGGCAUCGGCUGGACAAAGUUGACGGGCGCAGGCGGAGGCGGCUGUUCCAUCACUCUACUCCGACCCGACGUGCCCCGAGAAAAGCUUAGCCAGCUGUCAGCGCGGCUCGAGGCGGAGGGUUACCGGAAGUUCGAGACCACCUUGGGCGGCGACGGGGUUGGGGUCCUAUGGCCGGCCGUCCUCAAGAAUGGCAUGGACGAGGAUGAGGAGGGCGGCAUGGAGAUCGACCUAGAGAAAUUCCUCAAUGUGCCGGACAAUGACGGCGUCGAGAGAAUGGUUGGCGUCCAAGGAGGCAGUGGUGAGAGGGAGGGGUGGAAAUUCUGGAGGGUAGAGAGUUAG